UUAUAACUGGCCUUAUCACAUGAGGCGGAAAAUAUAUAUCAUGAUAUUAAAUCAGUGUCGGAACGAUAAAAUCGUGUAUCCAGAACAUUGUAAUCGUUAUUGGGCAAAGCAAGUCGCUCAAGAAAUGCUAUAUACAUCCGAUGCUAUGUACAUUAAAAUUCCUGCUGGUAUUGGAAGGUGUAUCGAAUUGGUGAUAAACAACGUGGCUAAAGUGUCUUUUGAAAAUCCUAAAAUAACAAAUAUGCUGUGCACGUACAAGGAGUUUUUUUAUGCUCACAAUCAUUAUGAUUAUAAAGACGAUCAAAAUAACAAUGAUAACUUUGAGCAUAGGAUUAGAGCAUAUUUUUUCAUUUGGCGCGAAAGAGAAUGCAAGAAAAUGCACUAUCAAGCACAAAACUCGGUGCGAUACUGCAAAUCAUGUGGAUGUGUCACGUGCAAAUGCCCGGUUGAAGAAUGUGAUGUAAUUUAAAAAGUGCGAAAAAACGUUUAAAAAAUGGAACAUUUUGAGCGUGAGCUGUUGGACCAAAUUGACAGGGUCGCUACCUUGGGCGAUUGUUUUGAGUGGUUGCAGCGGUGCGACGAGUGUAUCGAACGACUCGAGGAACAUAGCCGCGUCAAGCGCCCUCGACUCAACGUUGGACAAAGACAAUCUUUGGUGGCGAGAAUCGCGCGACUCGCGGGUGAAAACACGCGACUGCAAAGACGUUUCGUGCACGUCGGUGGUAAUUACGCGAGUGACAACGCGGACAGACUCGUGUGGCGAGAGAUUGACACCGCGUUUGAGAAUCGUGUUCUGACAGGAGCGGUUAUCAAUGCGAACUACAUUGAACCGCGAAAGUUUUUAGAAGACGCUGGUGGUAUAGUACUCGAGCAAGUGCGGGACGCUAUCGAAAGACACAACUCUGUGAAAGUGAACACCGCAUUCAAUGGCGUAUUUGUAACGGGCGACAAACGCACCAAUAAAAGUAUUACCACGAAAAACAGUGAUCUCUUUAGAACAUCAGACUUGGAUGAGUGGUACGAACGGUGCGUUAUCGAGCCCACGCUAGCAUUGCUCGAGGAAUUUCAAGAACGCGAUAGUGGGUGGGCGUUGUCGCGUAUACAGAAUUUGACUGUAAACGUGAAUAAGUACAAUUCUAUGCGUGUGGGAUAUCACGUGACAUUACCGCGAGAAAUAAUGACGAAGCGUGCGGUUGUUAACGUGAAAUCGACGGACAAUGCUUGCUUUGCGUGGUCUGUGAUAGCCGCUCUAUAUCCCGCAGAAAGAAAUUCAGAAAGGGAGUCAUCGUACCCUCAUUAUACAAACGUUCUGAAUUUCGAUGACAUUGAGUUUCCAAUCGCGUUAAAAGACAUUAAAAAAUUCGAGAGACUAAAUAAUAUUUCGGUCAACGUCUACGAGAUCCAAAAGGAUCAAACUGAAACCUAUAAAAUUCUCCCGCUAAGACUCUCCAACGACAAGAAGGAGAAGCAUGUUAAUCUGCUAUACGUGCAAGAUCCACGCGAAGACAACGUGGGGCACUUUGCAUGCAUCAAGGAUCUGUCUCGCCUAGUGAGCUCACAACUCAGUAAAAAAGAACACAAAAAAUAUAUUUGUGACCGGUGAGUAAUAAUUUUAUAAAUGUUGU